CCUACUCGCUAGACUUUCGGGAGCUGCUGGAGUCCCCACCUCUAUCCCCUCCUGAUUCCUAUAACUUUUUCUGGGUUUGCGACAGCUUUAUGCUUACUCUGGCGCCUACAAGUGAGCAGUUACUAUGUGCCAGGAACUGUGCUUGGCACUGGGAGUGCAAAGAAAGGCAUAAUAGGCAUAACAACGAAACACAUACACACAACAACACACACACAGUCCCUACUCUCAAAUAGCACACAUUCUAACGGGGGGAAAUGACGUAUAAACAACUGUGUACACACAUAGAUGCAGUACUAAUGGGAGGGACUCUGGAGAGCAGAGGAGAGAGAGUGGGAGGGAAAGACUUGCAGAAAGUGAGGUUUAAGCUGAGUCUAAAAGAAAGCCAAGGAUAUACUGAAUUGCGGGAGGUAAAAAGGGAAAGCAUUCCAGUUGGGGACAGCCAGUAAAGAAAAAAAAAAAAGAGCCUAGAGUUUAGAGAACAGCAUCUGGAAAGCCUAGAUUACAGAAGAGAUCCAGAAAGAGAAUUAUCUACUGAGAAAAGUUUGUGUGUUUGUGUGUGUUUCUUUGUUUAGAUUAGGGAUUAAGGUAAAUGCAUUAAAUUAGACAAUUAAGAGAUCAUUGCCAGCAUGCCAGAAGGAGACUAUGUUAAAGAUUAAUUAGGAGGCUGUAGAUUUGGAAGUAGUCAAGUUCAAGCCCUACCUCUUACAAAUGAAGAAACCGAGGACAAGAGAGUUGAAAUGGAUUGUCCCUGGUGGCAUGGGGAUAUAAUAGCAACUGGACUCGAGUCCAGAGAAACAGGAUUUUGCUGGGCAUUCCUUACAAGUGCAUCUUCCUGAGGAGUCUAAACUUGUGGAAAAAACUUCUUUGAAGAAGAAUUGGCUAUAACUCAUAAAAAUGCAAGCCCCCACAGGUCCUACUGCACCUACAGAUGAAACGAAAAACUCAACCAAUCCAAAACCAGAAGCCCCUCCUUCCUAUGCUUCUCAUUAUCAACCAGGACCUCCUGCACCAGGGGGCUAUCCUGCUACAGGCUAUCCAGCGCAAGGACCUGGUGGCUAUGUAGGACCAAAUCAGCCAGUUGGCUUCCCUAUGUAUCAUCAAGGCGGUGGCCAACCAAUUGUGUAUCAGCCUGGCGUCAAUGUGAAUCCAAAUCAACCUCCCCAGAUAUCAUGGAUGCCAGGACCACCUCCGCUCCCAAACUGCCCACCUGGUUUGGAAUACCUAUCUCAGCUAGACAAAAUAAUGGUUUACCAGCAGGUUGAAGCUCUGGAAUUGAUGACACGAUUUGAGAGUAACAACAGAUAUGAAGUAAAAAACAGUAUGGGUCAGAUGAUAUACAUGGUGCUUGAGGACACUGACGAUGUCACCAGGAAUGCUUAUAAAGAAUUGCGUCCCUUUGUCCUUCGAGUUGUUGACUGUAUGGGACGAGAAAUCAUGAGAAUGCAGAGGCCCUUUAGGUGUACCUGUUGCUGUUUUUGUUGCUCUUGUGCCAUGCAAGAGCUUGAGGUUCAGGCUCCUCCUGGUGUAGCUCUCGGCUAUAUUACACAACACUGGGGCUGCUGCAAGGCAAAUUUCAGCAUUGAAAAUGAGAAGAAAGAACAUGUGCUGGACAUGGUUGGCCCAUGCGCACCUGCUAACUGUGGCUCAGACACUUUUUAUCAGAUUAAAUCAUUGGAUGGAAGUAGUAUUGGAAGUAUUUGUAGGCAGUGGCCUGGAUUUCUCCAAGUAUCGGUAACAGAUGCAGACAACUAUGAUAUCACUUUUCCUUUAGACCUCAACAUCACAAUGAAAGCUAUGGUUUUUGCAGCUUGCUUCCUCAUUGAUUUCAUGUUUUUUGAAAGGCAACCAAGAAGUAGAAGGAGCACCAGCCAUCAUCACCACCAUCACCAUCGACGACGACACUAGUAAGAGUAAUAAAAUGUCAGAGUUCAAGGGUCCAACUGAUUAUCUAGUGAAAUCUAUGAAUGAACAGAAUCAUCAUAGAGACCAUUGCCUGGAAACUACUAUCCAGCCUCCAUCUGAAGACCUUUACUGAUGCAGGACUUUGCAUCCUCAGAAGUAGACUAUUACGAUUUGAGACAGCUCUAAAUGUUAAGGAGUUAUUUUUUCCUGAUAUGUGGCUGAAUAUUGAUUAUGUCCUCUGUAAUUUCCACUCAGUACUCUUACAGAAGCAUUAUAUAUCUAAAUAACUCUAAAACUAAUCUUCUCUGCUUCCAUUCCCCCCACACACAUACAUAUGCUUUUCCUUUAGCUUUUCCUGAAAAAUUAAUAUGGUAGCCACCAAAGCAUCCUCUAGCUUCGUUUUUCACAUGAUUUUUUUUUAUGGAUUCAUGAUUGCCAUUACUCUCUUUAUUAAUGGAAUUAUCAACCCUUUCCAAUGUCUUUAUUUGUAAAAUGAGGUCAUCCUAUUAGAUGGACUCCUCUGGCUCUAUGUGAUCUGUGAUCCUAUGAAUUUUCCAUAAAUGCUCUACAGAUUCCAUCUGUGUAGUAUAAAAGCUUAUGUUUUAUUUUUUAUUCCAGUUUAAUAUUGAUUUUAUUUUUUGCUUUAACAUAGCUUUCUUUGUAUGUUCAGUUUUAAAAUAACUCAUAUCGGCAAGUUAGCUCCUGGCCUUUUAUUUUCAUGAUAUUAUCUGGUGCUAACCAUAUGUGACAUUUACUAUCUUUGUUCUUGAAGAAAAUGUUCAUGGUAUAUAGAGGCACUCUUGAUAUAUACAGUGAAGAAAGUGUUGGACUUAGGUUCUGGCAAGCCUAGGUUAAACAAGUGGCAGUAUAAUAAAUGUGCUUGACUUGGACUUGUUAACACUUGGGUUUAAACGCUGCCUUUGAAAUUUACUAGUUAUGCUACUUUGACUAAGUCAUUUAACCUUUCUGAAGCUAAAGAAACUCCUUUUAAAUUAUCUCCUAAAUAAUGAAUGUCUGUGUAUCAGUGUUCCACCAAUGAAAACAAAUAUCUCAUAUAUAACAUAUAUAUGUUAUAUGGCAUAUAACAUAUUGCCAUACUGUUUCUUAUUGCCUUUGGACUCAAGAUAAAAGCCAUUUCAUCACUGCUUUCAUUUGCCUUUCCAAGGAAGGCUAGUAUUCUAUUAAGUUACAACUUCUUUUUAGCUUCUGGUUUCAUUUGUAAUAAAAAUGCCAACAUAGUAGAAUGCCCAGUCAUUGAUCACUGGACAGGAUCUUGCAUCUAGGGUAACAGUCAAGUUAGCAUUAAUAGCUGUUUUAAGAACUGUAUGACUUUGACCAUAUUUUCCCUUCCUUUUAUACUUUUCUUCCAUGAUUAAUGCAGAAUCAGAACUGAAAGACAUCAUAUACUUGGCUGUUGAUUUUUUUAAACCAAGUAUAGGUCUUUUUAUAUAUCUCCACUAAAUUUCAUAUUCUUGUGUUCAAGCCAUAAAUUUGUCCUACAAAAAUCCUUUUGGAUCUCAAAUCCUUUAACUAACAAUUAACUUCUUUUUCUGGCUUUAUGUCAUCUGAUAAGCAGGUCAUUUAUGUUUUUAAGACAUUGAUUAAAAAGAUGAGUAGAUCACCCAUAAGAAUAGAGCACUGUGUCUCUUCACUGGAAAUGAAAGUGAUAAAGGAUAAUCAUAAUCUCUCAAAAUCUGGAGAGUGACAAUCUCUUGGAACACUUUCUCCCCCAAAUUUAGAAAACUUGGAUUGGAGAACUAUCUACUCCCAAUCAUUAGCAUGAAAAUGAUUCACUCUACAGAUUAUUUUCAGUGACCUCAAACUUUUGAUGCCCUGGAAGGACAACCAAACUGGGUUUUAGCACUAAAAACAGAAAUAUGUGGCUUAAAAUAAAUGUCAAUUAGUCUACACAAAAUUUAUAUUAUUUUCUAAUGUGUCUUUGAACAUGUCUUAUUAUGGCCUUCAGUCUUAGUUUUAUUUCUCUAGGGUUGCAAAGAGUUUAUACCAGAGAGCUGAGACAGUAGUGCACUACUUUAAAAAUGAAAGAAGUUCCAUUGUAGGAAUUAUAGGAAAAGUGAAAGGAAUUCCAUUAUGUUCCACACAAACAUAUAUACAUGAAUAUAUAUACAACAUAGAUGGAAUUCUACCAUUAGACGUUAGGGAGUGGUCAGGCUGGUAUGGUUUGUGGAGUUGGGGAAAUACUAAGCGUUCUAGUUUUCUAGUUGUUAGAAACACUAGAACAAAAAUGACGCAAGUCACCUUAUAAGUAUGAAAUUAAUGACCUUGCAAGUUUCACAUGAUUAUUUAGGAAAACAGAAGAUCUUUCUAUUAAUAAAUAAACAAAUGAUAAUAAAUUGAUAAGUGCUCAGCAAAGUGAGGUGGAAUGAUCCAACCAGUCCACAAUUCUAGGGGUGAAUAUCAUUGCUAACUGGGACAAUGACGUUCCACUUUUUAUAAAAAGGAUCACUAAUUAUUCAACAUGAAACAUAUGAAUGUGAAAUAUAGACAAAAAGGAAAACAUUAAAAAAGGAGGAGAGAGUAAAAUAUUCUUUUUUUGGUCAAAAUUGUGACUUUUUCUUCCAGUUGGAUAGUUGAGAUAGGGAAGGGUGAGCUUGAUGAGAAGUGUUUUUUGAAUGUACAUUCUCACAUUCACCCAAAUUCUUGGGCAUCAAUAUUUUGAUUUAGGAAAUAUCUCCUACUAAAGCACUGGCAUGGACUAAAUAUGUAAGUUUUUUUUAGUCAAUUAUUUUUUUUUUCUGUGUGUACCAGUCUAUGUUACAAAGUACAUAAGAAGUUCAUUUUUAUUAUUGCAUAUUUCCCAGAGCCCUGCCACUCCUCUGCCUCCCAUUAAUUGACAUAAAUAAGCUAAUCAUACAGAGUAUGUUAAAUUCAAACUAGAACAAGCCUAUAAUUAGCCAGGAUCUCUCAAUAUCUUUGGAUAGCAAGGUGGCCUAGAGUCAGGAAGACUGAGUUCAAAUCUUGCCUCAGAAACUUAAUUGUGUGACCCUGGGCAACUCAUUAAAUCCUGUUUACCUUAGUUUUCUCAUCUAUAAAAUGAACUGGAGAGGAAAAUGGCAAAUCAUCCUAAUAUUGUUGCCAAGGAAAUGCCAAAUUGCAUCAUGAAGAGUCAAUUACAAUUGAACAACAAUUUAAUAUCUUCAGUAGCUUAAAAAAAAGUUUGGUGAAAUCAUUUCACCUUUCUGAGUCUUUUUUUUUCCUCUGUCAAAUUAAUCCACAAACAUUAAUUAACUUAUACUCUGUGCUCAGCCUCUUUUCUAGGUUCUGGGAAUCAAAAAAUAAAAAUCCACAGCUUUCAGGAAGUUUAUAUACUAUUGGAGAAGAUAACAUGUACAUAUAUAACUAUUAUAUAUACAUAUAUAUUAAAUAAAUACAAUACAAAUAACACGAAGGGCUUUUUGGAAGUGAUUUCAAAAGUCUUUCAAGUUGAAGAUUCAGACAAAACAGGAAAAUUAAUUUGCUUCCUUUCUACCAGGAAAUGCUGACAAUCACAAUGCUAUUGUGGUAAAUGUUCCAAAUUAAAAUGUAUCAUUUCACAUAACCUAUGAUAAAAAUAUAAUGGAUAAAUGUAUAUGUAAAGUAUAAAUGUAUCUAUACCAAAAUAUGAAAAUAUUUUUAUUCAAUUAUUUAUAUUGUAUCUGAGUUUAUAUUUAAAGAGGCUAGAUGGCAUAGAUGGAAAGUAUAUUGAAUCAACAGUUAGAGAUCCUGGUUGUGAUACUAAUUAACUUUGUAACUCAAACAGCUUCUCCUUUAGAGAUCUCAGUCAAUAUCUUCUGUAAAAUCAGAAGGUUGGACUAAGUGAUUGUUAAAGCUCCUUUUAGCUCCAAAUGAAAUUAAAUUUAAAUUUAAAAAUCUCUUGGCCAUGGCAUCCUUUUUAAAAAGCUGAAACUCAGCAAAAACACUCGGUUUUGCUAAAAUUUUUCCUUUAGCAAUAUUGUGCAAUACUGGAAAGUACUGAAUUUUUGUCAAUCUGCCACUUACUCGGUAUUUGAUCUUGAGUCAACUACUCUUCUUUAUUUGAGCCAAUUUGUUUAUUUGGAAAAUGAGGGGAUUGGACUAAAAUGAUCCCUGAGGAACUUUCUAGAUCUAAAUCAUAGAAUCAUGUAGAAUCAACAAUUAUAAAGAUCCUUAUCAAUCAUAUAGUAACCUAUAUAAAUCAAUAAAAAUUACACUAAACUUACAGGAUAUUUUAAUCUGAAUUCAUUUAUUCUGCAUUGUUGUCUAAGCAUAGAUAAUGACUUUGUGCACCUUUAGCACUGCAAUUAUUUACUCAUCUGCUCUAACUUUUUCAUUUUACAGAUUAGGAAACUAAAUCCUGGAGAGGUUAAGACAUACUCCAAUGUUAGAUAGGUAUUGAAUGGCAGAGCUCAAAUUUGAACCCAGGGCCAUAAUGACAAGUUCAUUGUGCUUUCUGUUGCAUUGCAAUAUAACUUUUCCUUUUUUUAAAAAAAUGUAAAAAUAAAAAGGUAUAUUCUUUUAAAAAUACUUCCUUCUUAGUGGCAAAAUAAUAGAUUAUAUUUUUUACAGUCGUUUUUUUGAAAAGCUCUUUCUUUUAAAUACUUUUUAUGAUAAAUUUUAAUAUACCACAUUUAUUUCCAAGUAUAUGCUUAGCCUUUCUCAUAUCCAAUGAGCCACCCUUUUGAAUUUAUCAUAAACCCCAAAAGAGUUAUCCAGUAAAACUAAACCGCACAUCAAACCCAACUAAUAGGAUAUGUAAGUUAUAUUUUAUUCUUUAACUUUAUAAAAUUUAUUCUUUCAUUUUAUAUUUCUUUAAAAAGUUAUUUAGUUGUAAUGUAUAUUUAACUCCACAUUACUAACCUUUGGAAAAUAUAUAUGUAAUUAUUUUUAACAAUGAUAUGUUAAAUGGAAAUGUAAUUUUGCAAUAAUAAUAAUUUCAAAUAAAAACUUUGAUUUCA